GGCGGCGCGGGAAUACGUGUCGGGAGGCCGGACUUGGCGCUGAGAUCUGGCGGACGCGCGCCUCCAGGUCUGCCGCAGAAUAACCUCAAUGUGGAAGGUGACUCUACGUCAGAAAGCAGCUUUCCUUUCUCCAAAGAAGCACCCGGGGAGCAUCUGGACCACCAGGCGGCACACCAGCCACUCUCUAGACAGCGAUUCCAGCCCGAGGCUGGGCACCCUUCAUUGCAGAGAGAUGGUCCAAGAUCUUUCCUCCUUGAUCUACCAAACUUUCCAGAUCUUUCCAAAGCUGAUAUCAACGGGCAGAAUCCAAAUAUCCAGGUCACCAUAGAGGUGGUGGACGGUCCUGACUCUGAAGCAGAUAAAGAUCAGCAUCCGGAGAAUAAGCCCAGCUGGUCAGUCCCAUCCCCUGACUGGUGGGCCUGGUGGCAGAGGUCCUUGUCCUUGUCGAGGGCCAACAGCGGGGACCAGGACUACAAGUACGACAGUACCUCAGAUGACAGCAACUUCCUCAACCCUCCCCGGGGGUGGGACCGUCCGGCCCCAGGCCACCGGACUUUUGAAACCAAAGAGCAACCAGAAUAUGAUUCCACCGAUGGGGAGGGCGACUGGAGUCUCUGGUCUGUCUGCAGCGUCACCUGUGGGAACGGCAACCAGAAGCGGACCAGGUCCUGUGGCUACGCAUGCACUGCCACAGAGUCUCGGACCUGUGAUCGUCCAAACUGCCCAGGAAUUGAAGACACCUUCAGGACAGCUGCCACCGAAGUGAGUCUGCUUGCGGGAAGCGAGGAAUUUAAUGCCACCAAACUGUUUGAAGUCGACACAGACAGCUGUGAGCGAUGGAUGAGCUGCAAGAGCGAGUUCUUAAAGAAGUACAUGCACAAGGUCAUCAAUGACCUGCCCAGCUGCCCCUGCUCCUACCCCACCGAGGUGGCCUACAGCAGCGCGGACAUCUUCGACCGCAUCAAGCGCAAGGACUUCCGCUGGAAGGACGCCAGCGGGCCCAAGGAGAAGCUGGAGAUCUACAAGCCCAGCGCCCGCUACUGCAUCCGCUCCAUGCUGUCCCUGGAGAGCACCACGCUGGCCGCCCAGCACUGCUGCUACGGCGACAACAUGCAGCUCAUCACCAGGGGCAAAGGGGCGGGGACCCCCAACCUCAUCAGCACUGAGUUCUCGGCGGAGCUGCACUACAAGGUGGACGUCCUGCCCUGGAUCCUGUGCAAGGGCGACUGGAGCCGGUAUAACGAAGCCCGGCCUCCCAACAACGGGCAGAAGUGCACCGAGAGCCCCUCGGACGAAGAUUACAUCAAGCAGUUCCAAGAGGCCAGGGAGUAUUAGAGAGAACAGCUCCGGGAUUUGGGACACAAACGCACUGCACUGAUCUUCGGCCUGGAGCGCAGUCCCUCUGAUCCGCCUUCGUGUGUGUUUGCAUGGACCACAUGCGUAUGUUUCACAAAUCACACUAGGCAUGGGCGCCAGGCCAUGGGUGUCUGCCAUCUGAAGCCACCCUUGCCAUCUACGAUGCCCACAGACCUCCGUGGGACUCCUCCCAGGGGUGGGGUGGGAAGGAGGAUGAGGACAGAGAAGCCAGGAGAACCUGGAAGCGACAGUGGGUGGGAUUCAAGUCACACCCAGAUCCAGGAUUUCCUCGCCAAGCAGAGGGGGGAAAGAGACUGAUGUUGUAAACAUUAUAAGUUUUUAUCUAUAACUUAUUUAAUAUGAAUGUGACUUAAGCGUAACCUUUUCUCUGGAGUUGUCAUCAUGAAAACUUUAAUCGCUUCUGUGAGAGUGCAGACAGGGCUUAGGGAGGUGGAGGAGAAAGGGAAUGUGUAAUGAUGUCUUUAAAAAUAACUCAAUAGAAAUAUAUCAAAACAAGAAAACACCCACCUUAUCCCAAAUAUGAUUUAGUCAUGAGGCACCUUGCUGAAGUCUCAGUGUCCAAAAUGUCCUUGCCUGACUAAGAAAGGGCAUGGGGGUAGGGGGGAGGGGGGGCAAAUGGAUGUUUUAGGGGCAAAUCUCAGGCCUGGUUUUAAAUAGGCUUUUAAAAUAAAAGGCCAAUAUUAGCCUAAUGCUUUGAUUCUCCUAAAAGGCUUCAGAAUGGCACAAUUUCUGUUCAUGCCUUAGUAAGUCCAGAAGGCUGCAGGAAAGUCAGACAUGAAAACAGAAUAGCACUUUUGCAAUGAUAAAAAAGCAAGAUAAAUGGGAAAGUAACAUGGACCCCCAUAUCAUCUAUUUUAUUUUAAUACCACCUUAGCUUGUUUUUCUUCACCAAUAUAUUCACAGUAAAUAAAUAUAAAAAGAGAAGGAGGACUCAAGUCUAGGAAAUCCUAAUUUUUUUAUGUUUUAAGAAGGGAAAAUAACUACAUUAUUUUUGUAAAGUAUUUAUUGAGUCAUUGAGUCUAGUGCAUCAAGCCGUUGUAAUUUGACCUGGUUCUGUGGUGUGGAACUUAGGGCAAAUAAAGAGUUGGUUAUCAUGCAAUCUUUACUUGCAAAACUCCAGGAAAAGAGAAUAUAUAAUAAAAUCAUAAUAAAAUGUGUUACCUGCAGUAAAUGUGUUACUUGCAAAUAUUUAUGAUGCAAAUACCAUAAAGAGCUCUGAUGAAGCAGGGCUCUGAGGCAAGGGCAAGAAAGGUUCAAGCCAAGUGGGGAUAAAAGGCUCACUGACUGAUGUGGUGGUGGGUGGUGUAAGUCAUAGCAUCUUUGGCACCAAGAAUGUCAGUCCAGCCCCAGGAGGAUGAAGCUCACUGACACAGGUACAACGUUUUGCCCCUCCCCCACCCCAGAGCUAAGAAAGAGCUAUGAAGACCAAGCCAGAGCAAAGGCUUAUGACAGCCCAAGUGAGUGGGGCUGCUUCCAAACAGAAUCUGCAAUUACAGUAAUAAGUAGAACUACUCAUAAUGCAAAUUAUUCUUUUUCCAGAUGACAAAAGCAAAACUCACAUAAAAUAGAUCACAUAAGACCCUUCUUUCACAUCCGAGCCCAAUGCUCUUUCUACUAUAUCAAAUAUUUGGUGUCUUCAUAUUCCUGGUGUCUUUGGUAUUCCAAGUGAUCCUACCCUUAGGUUUGUCUAAUAAAUUCUUGUUCUUA